AUGGUGAGCCUGCUCGAGGAGAGCUGCGUCGACUACGGGCACAUCAUGGACAUGGAUCCGACCGAACAAGCAGCGGCAGUGGAAGGCGCCAUCGAGACUAUGCUGGCAAGGCUGGAUGAGCUUGGGCUGAUGGUUGAGUCGCUGACGGCAGACACCAACCAGACCAAGGACAUUGUUCCCGCACUGAAAGUCCAUCUCCAGGGUCUGGAGCAGACAUAUGCUCAGCUAGAUGCCCUCGUCGCCCUAGUGGCUCGCAUCGAGGCCUCAGUCGACGCCGUCGAUGCCGCUGUCACAGCCUCGGAGCAGCGCGUUGCCUCCAAGCUCACCCGCAAGCUCACCUCGUUCUUCUCCCGCAAGAAGAAGGCCGCCGCAGCCGCCGCAGACGAUGAUCCCUCGGCCUGCCUCGUCCCGCCGCAGGCGAUCUUUUCCGCAGACGACACCGGCAAGCUCGGUGUCCGGCGGCUCCGCAAAAGGCCGUCAAUUUCGCUCUCGGCCUCAUCAGGCGGCUCGGCGUCGUCGCGGCGGCGAAGCGAGAAGCUCGGGCGGCCACCCAAGCCGGCAGCCGGCUCGUCGACGAUGACCGCGACGGCAUCGUCGGCGUCGGCUUCGCGCUCGGCAACAGGUUCGAUCGAGCCCGUGCCAAGCCGCCCGUCGCCGCGCUCGCUCUCGCGGCGGCGGAAGGUGGCGCGCCGAAAGGCAGAGCGCGCCGCCGAGCGCCAGCGCAUCCGCGACCAGAUGCAGCACAUUGCACGCCCGCCCGCAGACCUGUGGCGCCAUGUCCGUCGUGGCCGUCCGCGCAAGCGCAAGCAGCUCCGCAAGCGCAAGCUCGCCAUGGCUGCUGCCAGCUCGUCGAGCUCGAGCGCGUCGCCGGCGCCCAGCCCCGCGCCCAGCGCAGGCGCGAGCCCGGUCAUGCCUGCCUUUGUCUUUUCAAGCUCAACUUCGCCGAGCUCGGUCUCGAUCUGCAACGAGUCGGUGGCUGCAAGUUCGUCGUCGCCCGAGUUGAUCGAGAUGGCGGCCACUGCCUCCCGCCGCCGGGGGAGGAUUCUCGAACGACGUGUGCGUCAGCGGCCGACGAGCGUCGUGACUCCGCCUGCUCUCGCAGCCCCGCCGCAGGGCGUGCUAGCGCUGGACUGGCAGCCGCCUGCAAAUCGCGCUCGGUCGCGAACGGCAUCGGUCUCACGGGCGCCAUCGAUGCAGCCGGUUGGCGCUCCCGGUGACGAGUGGGAGGCGCAAGCUGCUGAGCUGCGGGCGUACUUUGAUCGAGUCGACGCUUGGAUCCUGCCCGAGGACGCAAGCGGAGCAACGAGACCGCAUCCGAGGCCGUCGGAGGCGUGGCGGCGGGCGGUGCGGCGGAGCGGGUGGGCACACCGGGGAUGA